CCCAAAAUGCUGCGACCGAUAGAGUAUUCACUUUGUGUUGGUGGCGCCUGUUGUUGUGUGUUAAACUUUGGAAGUAUUCCUAGCGUUCAAACAUGACAAGCAGCAGUGAAUAUGAUAAAUACCAGCAAAAUGAAAAGCUGAGAGAAGACUGCUCCAAUGGAUACAGUCACGAAGUUUUGAAAGGCAUAGAGGAAGGAGCUGAAGUGAAUUCCCGAAACAAGGUGAACGGCUGGACAGCGCUGCAUUGGGCUGCAAAACGAAAUCACGACAAUAUAGUCAUAAUCUUGCUUAAACAUGGCGCUAACGCAAAUAUUAAGAAUAUUAAAGGUGAGUUACCUGUUGAUUUAACUUCAAGGGAAGACAUAAAGCGCCUUUUGACUGCUGAUAUACAAAACGUUCUAGAAGGACGCCGUGAACAGGAGAAGUCAGAAUGUGGUGAAGGCCGCGAAGCGCAAAGUGGUGACUCUGUAAAAUCUUCAGCGCCAGGUGCUGUGAGUUUUGUCCCUGGGUAUUUGGCUAAUCCUGUAUUUCCGUACGCAGUUGCAACUGGCAACCCUAUCAUCACACAAGCAGUUGACAGAGGUGUUUCAAAAAGUGAACAAUCAGUUCUUGUCCCUGGCUACAUUGCAAACCCAGUGAUAAUGACUGCAAGAGCAAGUUCUGUUACAGUUGAUUCAAAAGAGAAUUCAUCAGAAGAGAAAAAAGUAGAGCCGCCACUUCUGGUUCCAGGGUAUAUAGCAAAUCCAGUUAUACCAUAUGCAGUUGCCACAGGGAAUCAGAUGGCAGAUGAUAACACAAGUAAAAAUAGCCAAGAGGCUGGCAAUGAGAAUCCAGUUAAUUUUCAAGUAGCUGGAGACUUUAAGCAAAUGUUUGUACCUCAUGUUCAACAACUUGGUUCAUUAGUUAAUACAUAUGUUAACAGCAUGAAGAGUCUAGAGAAACCAGUUGAAUACAGACUGUACAAUUCAUGCAAAACCACGCCUGUUGCUACAGUGUUUAUGAGCACCCCAGUUAGUGAACUUGUGUUGAAAGUUCGUGUUGCUGGAGCUGAUGAUUUCAUCGAAGUAGAGUUAAAUAACAAAUUGCUAACAUAUGAAGAACUGUUAAAUGUUUGUUGCAAAGAGCUUAAUAUCAACAGGUCACAGAUAAGUAAACUGAGGAAGCUGCCAAAUACUAUUAUAAGAAGAGACAAAGAUGUUAAACGCCUGCAUCCAUUGCAAGAACUUGAAGUCCUUCUUCUUUAAUUUCCAUAUUUUAAGUUUUUCCUGUAGCAAAUGUUUUGUUCAAGGAAUUAAAGUAUAUAAAUCUAUGCAUACUAACUGAAUAUAUCAUUAUGCCUUUUAGUGUUCAGAGAGCAAAAAUCAGAGUUUCAUUUGAGCAUUUCUUUUAUUUAUCAAUCAUCAUAAAUAUACAAUCUUGAAUAGCUGUAAAUAAGGAACAAAAAUGAAAAAUACUAUUGCAUCAGUUAGUCCAAUGAAAAGCCAGUUACUAAAAAUAUCUAAUGAGAAAGUUUUUACAUUUUAGCAAUCAGAAUAACAUAUUUAACAAACUUUAGCAUGUCCUUGCUUAUUGUUAUACAAAUUAGUUUAAAACAUUUUGCAAUGAAACAUUUGAAAAACUGAAAGAAUUCUUCAGUAAAAAUGAGAAAAAUCAAGGAACCCACAAGGAAACAAAUAGGUAACUGAUUUACUAGGCAUCUUUGAAUUGCUUUGUUAAAAUUUCAGUUUCUUUUACAAUCUUUAACUGUAUC